UGAGCUAAGUUCUGAGCCUAGUCUUCCUGCACUCUAAUUGUUGGUCAUUUCCUUUAGUGCCCAAUUUGUAUUACUUCUAAACAGCACCUCCAGUUGUAAACGUCUGGAUUCAAUGCCGUGACAUGCCCUUUCCAAAAGAUCCCUUAAUCAAAGCUGUUUAAUUUUUAUAAAAGGAAAAUUAGAAGAGAGAUACUCUUCAGAGAGUCCCAGGGGACGAAGCUGGUGAGGGACCCCUGAAGAAGUUCAGGUUCAGAUUCCUAGAAAUGGAGGCCAAGUUGGAGGGGCAGGGGCAAGCCCUCCCUCCAGGUGUGGCUUUCCAGCAGCCUGAGCAUUGAGAGUGCAGUCCACAUACAGGAGUCAUCUUCACAGCUAAAGAUGAAGGAAGAGCCAGAAAAAGCAAAAGCCCCCAAAAUAGCCCUUACAAAACCAUAGAGAAAGUCAAGUAGGUCUUUGUGUUUUCAGCCUCUUGGGCAGUCUCUCAGAUACUUACCACAAAGAGCACUCUAUGCUACAGUCUAUGCUUCCUGCACACCCCUAAGACUCUUCUCAAUGCCUUCAUCACAGCUGUCUGUCACAGAAGAAUGAAAGUAUCUAAUAAAAUAAUUCACAGUAAAUUAUUCAUUGAAGAGAGACAAUAACUUCUUCAUUAUAUUCUUUUGGUGGUAUUUGCAUGUUAAAGGAGGGUUAUGGAAGGCAGUGCCUAACCCAAAGAGAACCAAAUCUUGGAGAAGAAUUUCAUCCAUUUCAGCAGGCAACUGGGGAGGUGCUUGGGGACAGGAAGAACAUACUCUUAUCCCUUAGGGACCACCCCAUGGUGAUUACCUAUUCACCGUGUUUUUGUUUUUUUUUAAUGAUUUUAUACCAUGGACAGAUCAGGACUACUUUGAAGUGUUAUCUGCAUUAUCUGAACAGACCUCAAGCCUAUUUUUCUUCACUUUUUCAGCCCAUUUUUGACCCCUAAACCCUGUGCUUAAGUGUAAAAUUUUAAGAGAGUCCUAAGGUAAAAGUUUCUACAAAAGUAAGCAAAGUACUUCCUUAUAUAGCUAUGACCCCAAAGAUAUUUAAAGGAAUAAAAAUUAUCCCCUUCCCCCACUUUGAUCAUUCUUGAAAGUUGAAACAGCCAGGUCCUCAUGCAAUUUACUUUGUCAGUUUGAUGGGACUAGAACUCCCUUCACAAAAGUGCUUGCUUCUAGUUUAAGAUGGCUUUCUUUCCUAUAAAUGAUUUUGCUUGCUAACUUAAGCUGUUCUCUUACUUUCCUCCCUUUCUGCUCUCCCAUUUUCAUUUCUCAGGACAAAUGUUGCCUUUCACUUCACUGCCAGCCCUUCUCAACCUCAGUAUUUUCUAUAUAAAUUUCCCAAAGAUGUGGACUCCGUUAUCAUUAAAGUGGUAUCUGAGAUGGCUUAUCCAUGUUCCAUUGUCUCCAUCCAGAAUCUCAUGGUGAGUCCUUCCUUCUUCUUGCUAUCUUUCUUGCCGGGCUGUAAUAAGGUUGUUAUGUCUUAUGCAGAAGAAGGAUUUUCCAGGCGAGCAAUUCUUCGUGGUGUUUGUGAUAAAGCCUGAAGAUUAUGCCUGUGGAGGAUCUUUCUUCAUCCAGGAAAAGGAGAACCAGACCUGGAAUCUACAACGAACAAAGAACCUUAAAGUGACCAUUGUUCCUUCCAUUAAAGGAUCCGUUUAUGUGAAAUCCAUUCUCCUCAGUUUCCUCAUCUUCUUCUCCUUCUACUUGGGAUGCCUGCUUGUUGCAUUUGUCCAUUAUGUCAGGUUUCGGAGAAAAUCCAUUGAUGGAAGAUUUUGUUCCAGCGAUGGCUCUGGAAAUAUGGCGAUGUCACAUCCUAUUGCUGCCACCACACCUGAAGGGAGCAACUAUGGAGCAAUAGAUGAGUCAAGCUCCAGUCCUGGCAGGCAGGUGUCCUCUUCAGACGGUGGACAGCCAUGCCAGUCAGACACUGACAGCUCCGUGGAGGAGAGUGAUUUCGACACCAUGCCAGAUAUUGAGAGUGAUAAAAACAUCAUCCGCACCAAGAUGUUCCUCUACCUGUCAGAUCUGUCCAGGAAGGACCGGAGAAUUGUCAGCAAGAAAUACAAAAUUUAUUUUUGGAACAUCAUCACUAUCGCUGUGUUUUAUGCACUGCCUGUGAUCCAGCUGGUCAUCACCUACCAGACAGUGGUAAAUGUCACUGGCAACCAGGACAUCUGCUAUUACAACUUCCUGUGUGCUCACCCCUUGGGUGUCCUGAGUGCCUUCAACAACAUUCUCAGUAACCUGGGCCAUGUGCUUCUGGGCUUCCUCUUCCUGCUGAUAGUUUUACGGCGGGACAUUCUCCAUCGAAGAGCCCUAGAAGCCAAGGACAUCUUUGCAAUGGAGUACGGGAUCCCCAAACACUUUGGUCUCUUCUAUGCCAUGGGCAUUGCAUUGAUGAUGGAAGGAGUGCUCAGUGCUUGUUACCAUGUCUGCCCUAAUUACUCCAACUUCCAGUUCGACACCUCCUUCAUGUACAUGAUCGCCGGCCUCUGCAUGCUGAAGCUCUACCAGACUCGCCACCCAGACAUCAACGCCAGCGCCUACUCUGCCUACGCGUCCUUCGCUGUGGUCAUCACGCUCACUGUCCUCGGAGUGGUUUUUGGGAAAAAUGACGUGUGGUUCUGGCUCAUCUUCUCCGCAAUCCAUAUUCUGGCUUCUCUGGCCCUCAGCACCCAGAUCUACUACAUGGGUCGUUUCAAGAUAGAUUUGGGGAUUUUCCGGCGGGCCACCAUGGUGGUUUACACGGACUGCAUCCAGCAGUGUAGCCGGCCUCUGUACAUGGACAGAAUGGUGCUGCUCAUCAUUGGGAAUCUGGUUAACUGGUCCUUUGCCCUCUUUGGACUGAUAUAUCAACCCAGGGACUUUGCUUCCUACAUGCUGGGCAUCUUCAUCUGUAACCUGCUGCUCUACCUGGCCUUCUACAUCAUCAUGAAGCUCCGCAGCUUGGAGAAGGUCCUCCCAAUCCCGCUCUUCUGCAUCGUGGCCACUGCCGUGGUGUGGUCCGCCGCCCUCUACUUUUUCUUCCAGAAUCUCAGCAGCUGGGAGGGAAGCCCAGCAGAAUCCCGGGAGAAGAACCGCGAGUGUAUCCUGCUGGAUUUCUUUGAUGACCAUGACAUCUGGCACUUCCUCUCUGCUACUGCCCUGUUUUUCUCAUUCUUGGUUUUGUUAACCCUGGACGACGACCGGGACAUGGUUCGGAGAGACCAGAUCCCUGUCUUCUGAGCCUCCAGCGUUAAGAGGGGAGAGGGAGCAAUCACUCUUGGUGCUGUUUCGUGAAAAAUCCAGUGACUGCAGCACAGUAACCCCUGCCCAGUAGUCCGCUCACCCUCUUAGAGUCGAACCUGCUUGCUUUCACACAGAAAGAAGAGGAACUGGGGGGAGACUCCAACCUGCAUGAGGCGAGCAGAAGGGAAGCCGGAAGAGCCAAGAAAUGCCCCACCCCUUCUGUAAGCAGCGCUCUGAGUUAGAGAUGAACAAAAGCUGCACCAAAGUCAACUCACUCCCUUGGGACCCCUCCGCCCUCACCUCGGAUUUGCCAGAUUUGGCAGAAUGAUUUUGCACUCUCCCCUCCGGCUGCCUCCGCGCCCAGAAAGGCCCGCCGCUCA